AUGAGCAGCGCCCCCGCGCCGGGCCCGGCGUCCGCCUGCCUCACGCUCUGGGACGAGGAAGACUUCCAGGGCCGCCGCUGCCAGCUGCUGAGUGACUGCGCGAACAUCGGCGAGCUCGGAGGCCUGCGCAGGGUGCGCUCGGUCAAGGUCGAAAACGGCGCUUGGGUGGCCUUCGAGUACCCUGACUUCCAGGGACAGCAGUUCAUUCUGGAGAUGGGCGACUAUCCUCGCUGGAGCGCCUGGAGCGGCAGCGGUGGCCACCACAGCGACCAGCUGUUGUCCUUCCGGCCAGUGCUCUGCGCGAACCACAGUGACAGCCAUGUGACACUGUUUGAGGGGGACAACUUCCAGGGUUCCAAGUUUGAACUCACUGAUGACUACCCAUCGCUGCCCUCCAUGGGCUGGGCCAGCAAGGAUGUGGGUUCCAUCAAAGUCAGCUCUGGAGCGUGGGUGGCCUACCAGUACCCAGGCUACCGGGGCUACCAGUAUGUGUUGGAGUGGGACCGGCGCAGCGGGGAGUUCCGUACCUACAGUGAACUCGGCACGCAGGCCCACACUGGGCAGUUGCAGUCCAUUCGGAGAGUCCAGCACUAA